UUGAAAUGAAUAUAGCUGCGUAUACAUAGAGAAACCCAUACAUGGAUUGGAAAUCAUUUACUCCCAUUCAUCCCAAAUUCUGACCCCCAGCCGGAAUUCCCAUUCACACCUCGCCGGAAUCUGACCCAACUCGCCGGAAAAUCACACACCUAUUAAUACUCCCUCCACAUUCUCUCAUUCCCUCCACUAACCCAUGAAAACCCAGUGAAAGGGAAGCACUGGCGCCGGAGUAUUAGAAUUCGCCGGAAUUCUCAUUGACACAUUGUCGGAAUCUGACCCAACUCGCUGGAAAAUGACACACCCAUUACUCCCCAGCACCCAUUCUCUCACUUUCUCCACUGACCUAUGAAAAACAAGCAAUGAAAGAAGGUGAAGCAGUGGCGCCGGAUGGGUCGUAUUCGCUGGAAUUUCCCAAUGGAGAAUCCAACCUCCAGAGAGCGGUCGAGCUCAUCUCAUCGCUGAUAUGUAUCUCACAUUCGAUCAGAGUCUUCUCCACCAAAUGGCAAUUGAUCCGAAACAAGCUCGAGAAGUUGAAUUCCAUUCUAAUGGCUGCCACUGACAGUUGCAGCUCCUUGGAAGAUACACCACUCCCAGCUGUAAUUCAAUCCAUACUAGUCACCGCGUUGGAAUGCCGUAAUCUAGCCCGUCGCUGCACCGAGCUGUCCUACAGUGGCAAGCUACUGAUGCAGAGCGAGCUAGACGGCGUCUUGGUGAAAUUUGAAUGCAGUCUCAAAGACCUCAAUGGAAUUUACAGUUCUGGUAUCCUAACACAAGCUCAUGCUAUUGUCGUAUCAAGGCCGAUCCCUGGAGCGGGUCUUGCCGACAUGAAAUUCUACGUUGGGAAUUUGUUGACAAGGCUAAAGAUUGGAAACUCAAAGAUGAAAUUAGAGGCGUUGAUAGCCUUGAAUGAAAUUCUUGGAGAGGAUGAGAAGUAUACGAAGACCAUCGUCGAAACAGGUGAGAUUGUUCGGCUUUUGGUGAAUUUUCUUGAAUUUGUGGAUGUGGAAAUCCAAGAAGAAUCCACAUGCGCUGUCUCGAUGAUCGCGGGUUUUGAUAAUUACAAAGGUGCACUUGUGGAGGCGGGUGUUUUUGCGCCGUUGAUUUGGGUUCUUGAGAUAGGAAGUGAUGUGAGUAAAGAAAGAGCUACAGCUGCAUUACAGAAGCUGACUGAGAAUUCAGACAAUGUAUGGUUGGUUUCAGCCCAUGGCGGCAUAACUGCUCUGUUAAAGAUAUGUAACAGUAACAGCCACGAUAGGCUGAUUAGUUCUGCUUGUGGGGUUUUGAGAAAUCUUGCCGGUGUGGAUGAGAUUAAAAGAUUCAUGAUUGAAGAAGGUGCGAUUUCAACAUUUGUUGGACUUUCAAGAUCGAACGACGAGGUUUCUCAGAUUCAUGCAAUUGAAUUCCUCCAAGAAAUUGCUUCUGGAGAUGAAACCAUUCGGCAGAUGAUCAUAAGAGAAGGUGGAAUUCAGUCCUUGAUUCGGGUAUUGGAUCCAAUGUCUUCACUCUCGUCGAAAUCAAGAGAAGUUGCGUUGCGAACAAUAGAUGCACUCUGUUUCUUGUCUCCUAAUUCUGUGAAAGUAUUGAUGGGUUCUGAAUUUCUCAACCGUGUUCUGUUUUUCAUCCGAAAGGGUGAUGUUGCCAUCCAAGAAUCGGCAUUGAAAACGGCAUUUCGGUUCUGUGGGAUAUCAGUAGAGACUAAAAAGGUGAUGGGGAAAAUGGGUUUCAUGCCGGAGCUUGUACAAUUGCUCGAUGCUAAAUCUCUAGCCAUUCGAGAAAUGUCGGCGGAAGCACUUUUGGGUAUAAUUUCAAUUCCGAAGAACCGGAAGAAAUUCAUUCAAGAAGAUUCAAACAUCGUUCGUGUCCUGGAAUUGCUUGAUUCGAAAGAAGAAAAAUCAGGUCACAAUAAAAUCUUGCUUUCAUUGAUAAUGUCAUUGACAGACAGUGAGAUUGUAAAGAGAAAAAUCAUAGCUUCUGGAUGCAUCAAGUACUUGGAAAAACUUGCAGAAGCUGAAGUUACAGACGCAAAGAGAAUUAUUAGGAAGUUGUCUGAGAAUCGAUUUCGGAGGAUGUUGAAUGGAAUUUGGAGUUCUAUGAUGUAAUUCUUUUACUAAAAUAAUGUUUUCCAAUACCAAUUCUAUUUGAAUUUCAUAUUCAAGUA